GUGUAGUGAGCGCGCUAGUGUCCGCAGUCGCUCACCGCGCACCGAUCGCUCACCGCGCUUCCGAACGCACGUUUGCUACUGAAGGUGACAAAGGUGUUUUUAUCAUAGUGCCAGCUGGAACGAUGGUGAAUUACACAUAACAAAAUAGUGGUUUAUUUGUUUUCUACAUUUGAUUAUUAUACAACGUUGACUAAGUUGGCAGGAUGCGAGCCGGCGUGUGGAGCGCGGCGGCGCUGUUAUUGCUGGCGGUUGCUACCACCGCCCUUAGGACUGCGCAGGUGGAAGGUGUCCGAAAUAGCAGACGACUUUCAAACUUCGACUCGAGAGGUUCAACGAGUACGGAGAAGAUUGAUGAUGCUCAGCCUACCUUCCGGUCCAGGAGUUACCGAAGACGUGAAGAAACAGCUUCACCUGCACCCAGAGAUAUCACCAGAUCAAAAUCCCGAAAUAGGGUCUCAGAAUCUUUAACUUCUAAUGCCGUCACAGAACAAUCUCCAACAGAAAAUGGAAGGAACGAGCGAUUUGAUUCAAGAAGGACCAAUAGGAUACGAAGCCGACCUACUGAAAAUCAAAAAGCCGUUACGACAUUUCCAAGUAGAGACACUACUGUAAAUAACAAGGCACGACAAAGUAAUCGAAGAGCACAGUACACUACUACUACAGUAUCCACUUCAGCACCAUCUUCAUCAGUCACCAGUGAUAUUAGGAGAGAUGUAAAUAGAAGAGCUCAGACAACUACCACAGAAGCCGUUACUAUACUCUCUUCACCAACACUUGAUGAAUUCAAAAGUGAAAUCACAGCUUCCACUUUCGAUGAUUUUACUAGAACAGUUCCAAAAGAAGAAGACAUUACUACUGUUCAAUUUAAAAGGAGGAGCACCACAGCUAAAAGUGUAGAAGUAGAAACACCAAUAAAUACAAAAGCAGCUAGAACACGAGGGCGCGUCAUUACAAAAACAAAUAUCAAAUUAGACGACAUGGCUAGUUCUGAUGCAACUAAUGUAUUAAGCAUAUCUGAAAAUAAUUUGACUUCCGAAAAAUCUUCUGAAGAUGCAAGAAAAUCUCGUAAAUUAAGGUAUAGGACACGUUUAUCGGAAACAGAUACUAAUCUCACAGGUGAGGGGAUAACAGCUUCAAAUGAAAUCAUUAAAACUUCAAGAAAGCAGCAGAAACAACCCGAAAGUAAGACAACAACAUUAGCUCCAACUGAAAGAAAAGUUCAGAGGAACGUAGAACGCAACUCUUCAAAGUCGUCGGUAGUUAAGUCUAUGAGAGUUGUUCGGCGACCAUUAUCGAGAGGAAAUGAAAACGGAACAACUAUUCCAAAAGUGAAAACUUCAGAUGAGGUUGGAGACGAUGAUAACUAUCCAGCAAGUUUUAAAGCUUUAAUUCAAGCUAAAAAUGCUUCGACACAAGUGAGCUCUCCACCCAGCGAGAGUUUAUCAGUGAAAGCAACACAUACAGCUAUCAACACUAACACAAAACCCUCACUGCCUUCCAACACAAGUAUUGAAUCAAACAGUAUUACACGGCUUCGCAGUAAGUUAAAUACAACUGAAAAUGACAUAAAAAAUGGAGACGAGAAACUAAGUGAAUCUCCCUUAGAUUCUCCCAAGCCCAAGUCACAAGAAUAUAAGUUACGAGGUACGUAUUCUGUUCGACCACGAAAAUUAAAAACAGAAAAUGUAAGAACUACGACUACUACUAGUUCUCCAAAUUUGGCAAAAAGUCCAUACAAAUUCACUAGAAAAUUAAGAACAACAACAUCUAGCCCGGUAGAUAUCAAAUCGUCUGAAAGUCCUCGUAAGUUUAAAAGAUUUGAAUCUGGUCAAUCACCACAAACUGCAUCGGGACCACUUUACGCAAGAAAAAAAAUCGCAAACAAUAUCAAUAAACCUGCAGAAGCCGUAACUAAUGAUAACGGUAGGGACAAUUUGAGCAGCAGUGUCUCAAACAACAGUGUGAAAUUGCCAAGAACGUCUUAUUAUUCACGUCUAAGAAAUAAUGCCAAGAACGGUAUAACAACAACGGAGUCUCCUAAUACCGACAUAAAUAAUCCUUUUAAAGUUGACAAGAAAACAGAAAAUACUGCUGAAAUGCCAUUAAUAUACACUAUGGUAAAUAAACCAACCAAAACUGUGUCUGAGGAAAGUAAAAGCGAUACAAAAGAUGAGUUUUUGUUAGCUGUAAGUAGUAAGGAAUCGCAAGAAAAUAACUUGGAAAAUGAAUUAGUAACUAAUGCCGAGGAGUCUGAAAACAUGCCAGUAAUAAACGUUUUCUCAACUACACAAAAAUAUCACGCUAAUUAUAAGGAUCAGAGUUUGGGGAGUGACCGACAAAAAAAUGAAUAUGUAGUUACUGCGGCGACACCUGCAAUAAGAAAUAUACAAACAAGAAAGUACACACGUAAAAUAUUUAAAUCUAAAGAAAAAGUGGAAUCUACAUCAAUAAAUCCUGUAUCGAAAUCAAAGGAACGUGCGCUUCGGAAAUACAGUGAUACUUUCUCGAAAACGACUGAAGCUUCUACUAAUGGCAUUACUUCCGAUCCUGAAAAACCAAAAAGCAGAUUUAGUUCAAAAUACAGAGCCUCAAAUCUCGACAAAGCAUUUUACAAACCUACAGUACCAACAGUCACAACAACAACUGAAGUGGGUGAAGAAAUUCUUUUAGGUCCAGACAUGAACGCUAUCUCUUUUACUCAAACACGAAGUGCAUUGUCUUCAGCAGACUUAAGACUUUCUGAGAGUUUAGAAAAGCCAUCACAUGUUAUGAACGUAGAAGCCUCAAAUCACUCACCAUCAGUUACUGUAUCUAUUUUUGAUGCUUUGGCUGAAAUUCUUACGUCUACACCCAGAAUUCAAAUAUCUACAACAACAGACGUACCGCAACAAACAUUUACUGAUAGUGUUGUUAAACAAACACUCAAUAGCGUGAGUAGUAACAAUAAUGUAAAUAGUGUCAGCGACUUUGCGAGUCAGGGCACAUCUACGUCAACCGAGAGUUUAACUACAAUAACUACUGUACAAAACACUGAUCAGACUACACCUACUGUGCUUAACCGCUUGUCGGUAGAGGAAAGUGUUUCACCGUCACUAAAUAUCAAGGAGAAUACAAUGUCCACGAAUAAUCCCCAAACUACCCCCACUCCCACUCCAACUACUCCUAUAUCCGCAAGGAGACCCUUUGCCAUUAAAGUUUUAUAUUCAGAUACUGAACGGCCGACAGACGUACCAAUGACUUCAUCUGAACCCACAACCAAAUGGAGUACGACUGAAAAUUCAAAAAUGGUAUACAAUACUGUAUCCGAUCUUAUAUUAUCUAAUAACAAUUUAGUCUCAUCAGAACUAACAAGCAUGUUAUCGAAUAAUAUAAAAGAUAUCAUUGAAAAUUUAGAUGAAGAGAGUAGAUCUAGAUUAUCCGUUGAUAUGGCGAAAUUGUUAAAAACACUUAUUCCCAGAGUUGUAAAUAAAAAUCCUUCCCUAAAUGAUCUCGAUAAUAUUCCUAAUACUACGCCUUACAGUUUGGAGGAUAUCAAAGAUACUGAAAAUAUAGACAUAGGAAAUGUUGUUAUUAAUACUAACGAAAAUUUGAAUAUUGACAGUAAAAAUUUCCUUCAAAAUGUACAGGACAUAAAUGUAAAUAUUACACAAGGUACCACUGAAUCCCCGCUUAGUGACGCUAUUAUUAAUGAUAGUGUAAAUAGCAUAAGUGGUUCCGUUUUGAGCACAGUUUUGCCUUUAUCAGAAAGCGAGACAACAGUAGCUGAUAUCGUAGCUACAACCGAUACUAUAAAUAUUAAUUUAUUACAAACUUUAGAUUCAUCUUCAACUAUUUUAACUACCACCCCCACUAAUCUAUUACCCAUAAAUAUUGAGAUACCAGAUACAGCUACUUUGUCUAGCUUAGAAAUGAGCACCGCCGUUGUAGAUAAUUUAAGCGUAGACACUACCAAAACUCCAACAGUUGUUCCCACUAACAACCCUUUGCCCAUUACAUUUUCCUCAAACUUAAAGGUUGGUGAAUCUAUUUCGAGUGAUACCAAUAAAUUAUCUUUAAUAAACAAAUUUGACAAUCGGGUGGGAACUGAGGACUUUGAUAGUAUUGACAUUGAUGACCCCAGCCAAAUUACUCGUUUCCAAUUAUGGGUUCUUUCCAAAAAAGCUCGGGUUUUAAAAAUGAUUGAACAACUGAUAAGGGAACACAAUGAUGAAAUCGCCAAUGGACCAUUGACUGAAGUAUUUAACCAAUCUAAUAAUAUUACACUUUCUAAUCGAUUGACUCAGAUUAUCAAUACAAUGGACUCCACGACUUUGUCUAACCCAAAUACCGAUAUUACGACUGACUUAGUAGUUACCACGCCAAUUACAUCCACAUCUAAUCCAUCAUCCGACUUAUCUGAAUCAGUCAAUAUCCUAAAUGAUCGCUCAGAAGCUGACUUUACAACUCCACCCACGACUAUUCUAAGUGAUGUUUUAUUAUCUACUAUCCCUGACUCUACCGAAGUAGAUUCCACAACAGAUGUUACCGAAGUAACCGCUACAACAAUUGCGAAUGAAAUUGCUGAUGCUUUCUUACGUGCAAAUGCUAACGCUAUCGAUCAAACUACAGUAAAGGAAACUACAAAUGAUGAAAAUGAAACAACAAUUGCUGAAAAUGAAAAAGAAAAUAUAAUUUCAACUACAGAAAAUGCAGAAAUAGGUGAUGAGGUGAAUGCCGAUAUAAUGACACGUACGUUUAAUUCAGAAACAACAACAGAAAGAGCAAUAACAACUGAGAAUACUUUAGAGACAACGACGCAAGCAGGUAUCGAAACUACCACUGUAACACUUCUAAAUGAAAUUAAAUCAAAUGAUCAAAUAACUAUCACCUCGCAAACCAACGUUGCCAGUCAGCCAAUCAUUCCGAAAAAAGAUUAUGUUAUAUUUGGAAUACUACCUAAUAAUACGGUCGUACGUAAAGAUCCUAAUGAUAAUGUACUGGAAACGUUAACGGAGGCAAGUCCGUACAUUAUUUAUGGUGUGCUGCCAAAUAACACAGUAAUACGCAAAUUUCCAAAUGGAACUAGAGUACCACGUGUCAUGCAAAAAAUUGACGUACUACCAAUCAGUCCAUGGAGUUUAAGAAAUCCAUAUAGCCCCAUCCAUAAUAAUCCGGCCAUUGUCAGACCGCAGUCUAACCCCAUCCGAGUAUCCACUAAUAUUGAGACAUCCACCGACACAAAUAACGAAACGGAAAACCGAUUAACCACCGACACUGUAAAUAACCAGCAAAUAACGAUAUCUUCAUCGGCACUUAAUUUAAACGAUAGCAGUUCCUUGGGCAUAACUACUGCCACUAUUAAGCCGUCUGCUGAAAAAAGCACUGCCUCGCAUGUUUUGAAUUUACGCACUACUACAAUGCUACCUUCUAUUCAUGAGAUUCUGCUUAAUAGUUUAUCUUCAGCCACUAAAGAGGAAAUGGUUAUAUCAUCAAUGAAAAACUCUACUCCUGAACCAAGAAUAUUAACACUGGAUAUCGAUCCGGAGACUAAACAAAUCAGAACCGAAAAACCUAACGAUGGCCAAGGAAACACUGUAUUCAAAUUUAUACCAAUUGACGAAAUCACUGUUCCUCCACAAGAAACAAAUGUCUUAACACUUGCUUCGACUAAAGCACCUGUGAAACCAAACAACGAAAAAGAAGUACAAAUCGUGACACCAAUUUCAAUGAUGGAAAUUAAUUCACCAACACCAGAAAUUCAAAUAAGCUUAAAAAAUGCUGAUGAAUUAACAACAACCGCUCAACCUACUGUCGAAACCCCUGAUGUUUUAACACUUUCUAACAACAUUCAGUCGACAAUGACAACUCUUACAACGAAUCCAAUAACAACAGUUCAACCUAUGAUAGAAAGUACAACUUCCAAUUUAAGAACAACCUUUAACAGUGUAGAAAAUACAAAAACGAUAACGACAACAGCGAAAAAUGUAAUAACUACAUUGGAACCAACAACGGAAAGAUAUAUACCAGAAAUGCUGACUACUUUAACAACUACAAGUAUGCCUCUGUUUACAAAUAUUCCAAUCACCACUGAAUCAGUACCAGUCCCAAAUAAUUCUAUGUUCCCAACAACAGAAAUGACGAGAACUACAACAGCUGAUAUACAAAGUAACAAUAAUAAAAAUCAGGAAAAUGCAAAUGUACUUCAAAUGCUGCAAUCAAUUUUGUCAACAAAUACAAAGACAUCUUCAUCUCAAGACACCGAUCAAAUGAAAUUAUUACAAGCAUUGUUAUUAGGCGCCAAGGAUAAUGUAAAGGAUAAACAAAAGUCACCACAAACUACCACUGUUCGCUCAAUACAAGACGAAAUUCGUCAAUUUGAAGAAGACACGAAAUUUUUGAAAGCACUUUUACAAGCUACUGGUCGAGAUCCAGCAGAUUUUAAUAUUCCAAGUAUCGAUGACAUAAAACCAACUUUGGGUGCAACGACAACAAACACACCUACAACCACUACUAUGAUUACAACUACUACUCAGGCAUCUCCGCCUACAACAACCCCUGUAAUAAAAUCAACAACUUCCAUAGCCGAAGAUUUGAAAAAAAUUCAAGAAGACACUCUAUUACUACAAGCAUUAUUAAAAGCCACCGGCCAGACUGUUGAUACUAUAAAUAUGCCCGUUAUAUCUGGAAUAACUUCUAAUGUGCGGGUUGCUUCAAAUCCUUUGACAACAUCUAUUGAAUCUAAUCCUACAACUCCAAUGAAUAUUCGUCCAAUUUAUACCACAAUUCAACCAACAGAAAAAACUACGGUGCAGACUAAUGCACCGCAAACUGUUUCUACAUUGUCUACUUUACAGGAACAACAAAGUACUGUAAAAGAAGAUAUUGGUAUUUCAACCACAUAUCGACCUGUGCAGCGAAGAUUUACAACAACUACCACACCUCCCGAAAUAUUUUCAACUUUAAGUGCUAGACGAGCUCCAAGCUUAGCGCAAGUUACUACUGAAGUACCAAGUACAUCAACUUUUUCUGUAGAGGAAGAUUUAGCAUUUCUAAAUAACCUGAAAACUGUAUUAAAUACGAAUAAUAGCGAUGACCCGGAAGCUGCCCUCGCAAACCGUGUUAUAGCUCUGGCUGUAGAGAGAAGCUUGAACGAGCUACAAAGUUCUUCCACUCCAAAUGUUGUAAAUUCCGUUCGCACAACUAGACCGACCACCACCACCACCACCACCACAAUGACUACAACUACUGUAUAUACUCCUCCAGUUUCCACGCAAAGUACACCGUCUAUUGAAGAUGAUAUUAAACAAUUUGAAGAAGAUACGAAACUUUUACAAGCAUUAUUAAAGGCAACAGGACAAGAUCCAUCGAAGUUUAACAUACCAACAUUACCAAGCGUAAAUAAGCCCAACAAGGAUAAUCAAGCCAGCGUUAUGGCAUCGUUAAAACCAACAACAAAACCAUUUGGAGUAAAAAUAGCGGUUAAAGAUGAAUUAAAAAACGUUCAAGAUGAUGCGCAAUUAUUACAAACAUUAAUAAAGCUAAAAGACGCACAAGAAACAACGACACAGAGGAAUAAAAUUGCUAUAACAGGUCAAUCUUCCGAUGAAGCUCUUCAAAAGUUAAUACAAAAAGCAAAACCUACAGCUAUGGUAUCAGAAGCUACAAAAUCAUCUGUCUCCCUGAGUACUGAAUACGGAAACAGCAAUGACGCUCUUCUUGCGGCAUUACUUAAAGAGCAAGGAUUCGGUCCAACCACGGCAAGUUCUUUGGAUGAACAAGUUCGACUCGCUGCUUUACUGAACCAAGUGGUAGUGACGCCGAAGGCUAGGCGUACGACGACUCCUCCGCCGCCGCCCCCGGCGCCGCGGCGGCCCAUCCUGGAUGGCCUAGCCUGGCUCUGGCAGCAGUGGCGGGACACGGCGCCGGGCACUGGAGGCGCAGGGAGUGCUGCAGGAGCAGCGGGUGCGGGGGGCGCGGGUGGCUCCAGGACAAACAACAGGAGGCCCGCACCUGCGCCCGCGCACGCGCCUGCGCCCCGGCCCACGGCGGCCGCAACGCCGGCUCCUUCGAGGGUCAACUGGUUUGGCUCCGGACCAUUCGUCGGAAACGCUGAUGAUAGACCGGCGUCCAAUCGAAUACCUCUGGAGCCACCGCGCGCAGUCGCAGCUGAGCAAGCCCCGGGCCGGGGGCAACUUGUCUCUGCUGCCAUUAACGUCACUAGAGCUUUCUCUCAGUUCCUUGGAGCGGCGAUACAGGGCGCGGCGCAGACUGUACAAAAUGUCAUACGAGCAGGUCAAAAGGCGGCAACUGACGUUUACACAAACGGAUCCGGUUAAACUUGACAUUCGGUCGUUAUAAUGGACUGCAAACUUUUCCGAAAGUAUAGUACGCACUAUGUGUUUGAAAUGGUCAUGUAAAUAGUCCCUUAGAUCAUGCGGUCUUAUGUUUAAUGGAAGGCAAAUGAGGUGUUAUAUUGUGAAUCUGGAUAUUAAAAUAGUAAUAAGUUAUUCAAUGGAGUGUAAAUAGAAUGAAAAUAUCAAUAGCAAAUUGUCCAAAAUAGGUACUGA